AGCGCCAUCGACCUCCCCAACUUCUGCAUACACUCAUUUUGUCACAACAUUUCUGUUCCCGCGCCUGGACGUCCAGGACGAGGAGGAUAUUUUGGAUUAUUUCAUAUUUUUGUAGUCAUAUAGAUUAUCACCAUGGCAUAUUCGAAUAGCACUAGUGAUCGGAUGGACGAGUUGCGAUUUCGUAGCCAACAAGCAUCGAGGAAUGAUGCGUCCAUGCUUGGUCUUGUUUCUCCUCCUCGAAAUGGAAACCGAAUGCCACAAUCGUUACAACCUCAAGAGAGUCGUGGAGGACUGACGAGAAGAUUCACUACCGAUUCAGGGAGAGUUCCAACAAUUGCUUCUAUCACCAACCAGCGUACCGCGCAAGAAUCUCAGGAAUACGGUCCCUCGACGUACCAUAAAGUACAACUGUUAGAAAAAAAGAAACUCGAAUACGAGAGGCUCCGUGAACAAAAAAGGCGGUUUGAGGCGGAGAUGCAAUUGUUGGACCUACAACAGCGAAGAGACGAACAAGAGUUACAGCAAAUGCAAGAAGAUCUUGGUCGAUCUAAUAAUAACAAUAACAACGCCGGAAAUCAAUCAGAACCAACUACACCACCAGAAUACAGAGAAUCUUCAUCUGGUUUUCCUUCAGCAUUUUCCCGUCCUAAUAGAUAUUCGACAUCUAGCAUUACCUCCCCUCCAGGUCUUUAUAAUCGUCCAGGAAGAUCUGGCUCUCAACUCACAUCACCGCAAGCUGGAAUCAUGCAGUCUAGACUUAUAAUCGAUGAUAAGUUACCUUCAAAGUCUGUGCCAGGCUCACGCCGCAAUUCAGAUGAAGAUGAAAAGGAGGAAGCAGUAAGACAAGAUCCAACCAGCCAUCGUUCCACCAAUGCUCUCAAUAGAUAUUCUAUGCCAGUUACUAAAUCUCGCAACGGUAUGCACGAUAUGUUGUCCCUUGAUCAAACCAAUACUACUCGCUUUCUCUUCGGCGAAGAUGAGAAUGCUGCACCUGGAAGCGUUGAUAAAUAUUUGAAUAUGAACGCUACCGAUGACAAAUUCCCUAUUCUUGUUCGUCGCGACGAGUUCCCUGGUUUGCUUUCCGCUUCUUCUGCAGCACUAGAUUUAGCCUUAUCUCAAUCACCUGCACCAGAAUCCAACGGUAAUGGUUGGAGUUCGUUUGCCCGCCAUCGACCAAAUCAACAGAGCCUUCCAAUGAAUAACCUUCAAUCUCCUCAACAAGUCACAACCUCUGUUGGUCAAUCUAGCACCGCUGAGUCUCCCAUCAGUGUCCGCCCGUCCUAUCGUCAUUCCUUGGAUUUGAAGUACUUUGAAGGCCCGCAGGAUGGUACUGCUCAAGUGACAUCCCCACCAAAGCACGUUCAAGCUACCCCACCUAAGCUUCAAUCAUCCUACUCUGCCAACGACAUCCCGACGGUUCGCACAUCUACGAACGGCAUGCAGAACAACAACAAUACUCCUAAUUCGCACGCUCAACAACACUUGCACAAUCAUAACGCUAGCUUGGGUCGCAUCCCACCAAAUGCCAUGAACAGACUUAGUCGUGAAAUGACUUCUGGAGACAAUGGCACUUUGCGUGAGGCUCAGAAUGGCUAUCAGUCGAUCCAGUCUGCCCUGCAAGCCAGUGCUGCACCUUUUGGUCCAGCUUUGACACAAGGCAUGUCUCAAGCUCAGAUGUCACCAGCUGUAACUUCUCCAACCGGCCAACAAAACUACCCUACACCAGUCCAGGGCUAUUAUAAUAAUUAUGGUAUGCAUAUGAUGAGCUUGGGAAUGCAGAACAUGCAACUUGGUCAACAAAUGUAUCCUCCCCAAAAUUCGUACAACAACUAUGGCAAUCCGAUGUAUCAACAACACAAUGGUGGACAGAGAGAUAGUCAAGCACGAGUCAUUCAACAACGCCGUCAAAAUGAUGGGGAAGCAAUGAACCGUUUUGCGAACGUAGCAUUAGAGCAGCUUGGUGGCGAGAUAUACGCACUUUGCAAGGAUCAACAUGGCUGCCGUUACUUGCAAAAGAAAUUGGAAGACCGCAACCCCGAGCAAGUUCACAUGAUCUGGCUCGAGACAAACCAACAUGUCAUUGAGCUUAUGACAGAUCCUUUUGGAAAUUAUCUCUGUCAAAAAUUGCUUGAGUACUGCAACGAUGAAGAACGCACUGUCCUGAUUGAAAACGCCUCGCACGACUUGGUCCGCAUCGCUCUAAACCAACAUGGAACACGAGCCUUGCAAAAGAUGAUCGAAUUUAUCUCUACAGCAGGUCAGGUUCAGACAAUCAUUGGCGCUUUGCGAUAUCGUGUCGUCGAGCUCAUCCAGGAUUUGAAUGGCAAUCAUGUCAUUCAGAAGUGUUUGAACAAACUUUCUCCAACAGAUGCCCAAUUCAUUUUUGAUGCCGUCGGACAGCAUUGCGUUGACGUCGGAACUCACAGACAUGGCUGCUGUGUCCUUCAGAGAUGCAUUGAUCAUGCCUCUGGCGAUCAAAAAGCUUGGUUGAUUAGACAGAUUUCGAACAAUGCUUACGUAUUGGUUCAGGAUCCUUUUGGUAAUUAUGUGGUUCAAUACAUUCUCGAUCUCAACGAGCCUAUCUUCACUGAGCCUUUGGUUGCCAUGUUUGCAGGCCGAGUUGCUCAGUUGUCAAAGCAGAAGUUUAGUUCAAACGUCAUUGAGAAGUGUCUUCGAUGCGCCCAAGAACCUUCCAAGGAUAUGUUGAUUGAGGAAAUGCUCCAGCCUACUCAGCUUGACGGUCUAUUGCGAGACUCAUUCGCCAACUAUGUCAUUCAGACCGCUUUGGACUACGCCAAUUUAAACAUGAAGACACGUCUCAUUGAGGCCAUUCGACCCCACCUGCCAGCUAUCCGCACCACCCCUUAUGGUCGCCGCAUUCAAGCUAAAAUUCAGGGCAAUGAAAACCGUGGAAAUACCUCGACUGGUCCCACCACCCCUAACGAUAACGAGACUGGUCAACUUGCUACUCGUCACCAACGUGGCAUGUCAAAUGUAUCAGCCGGUCCUUUUGUUAGCUCUCCUGGAGGUUUUCCAAAUGGUAUUGGUUCUGCACCCAUAACCAAUGGUUUACCUCUUCCCGCAAUUCAAUCUCCAACUCAACAAGGAGCUGGCUUUCCACCAAACAGUCGCCUUACUUCACCUGCCGCUGCUCAUCCAUACAAUUAUGGUAGAGCUGGCGCUCAGCCUGGCACUCAACCUGGAGCAGGUAGUGACUGGUUUUAAUCCCGAACUUUCAAUAUUAAAUUUGGUUGAAAUUUCGGCAUGACGAUACGAUUUCAACGCUUGUAACGGUACGAGGAACGAUAUUCAUUUUCGAAUCAGUCGAUGUUCCAGUUCAUCUAGCAUUUAUUCAUUAUUGAGUCUUUUGAUGGGAUUUCAAUCUUGCAUAUAAGCUCUCUGGACAGUUCGUCUUCUAUGGUUGUAUUCACAAACGAUUUUCACGGCCCUUUGUUACAUUAGCAUCAUUCUAGAGGUAUUGCAGUCGUGCAUACCUGUUUCUUUUCAAUUUCAAUUGGCGAUAGCGUGCAUCACGGAAGCAAAAUUUUCCCGCGAGUCUUCAGCCUUUUUGUACCAUAGCAGCUUGAUCAAAAAAAGAUCUUAGCAUGAUUCAAUAUGACACCUUCUAUCUCUAGCGCAGGGUACAAUAUGAGCGACUGCGCAGCUCGACUUGUACCUGCAUUGGCCGCGACAAUAGACUCGAUUUUCCUUGUUCUUUGGUUUCCUAGCGGUGGUUUUCUGGUUCUAGUUACUCUUUGGCGUGUCAAUUGGUUUUUUCACUUGAUAGUCACGAGCAGACAUCUUGUGCCCACACCUUUCUUCUGCAUCUCUCUUCUCUACAUCGUGUUGUCCGAUGGGAAGAAAGGCUCUUUUUGUAACCCCCAAGGCUUCUUUUCUUUUUCUCUUCUUUCUUUAGCUAGCUCGGCGUAUGUUAUUGCAUCGUCUGUUUCCAUUUACGCACGAAUCAAAAAUGUGCUUUAUCUGAUGGGUAAAUGGUUCAUUUAAAGCUUUCUAAAGAUUUUCUGACAUUAUUUCUUUCUUUUCUACUGGACUGGCCAUGAGCCUUGACUUCGAAGAAAAGCAGAAAAAAUUUGUAACUAGAAAGCAAUGAGGAACAA